UCUGUUUAUACGUGGAUGUGACGUAACUGCGGUGGUUGGCCGUUGUCCUCUCAGUGACAACAAACGGGAGGUGAAGUCUUUUUCUAAAACUGCGGAAUAUGCGCUCAUUCGUUGGAUUAAUCGCUGUUGUCAUUGCAGCCACUUUGUAUCUUUAUUUCCUGUCCCUGUACCUCCCUGUUGGAUCCUGGAAGCGUCCUCAACCAGGUUCCAAGGCUGAACAUGUGGAAGAGAAAGAGUCCGAGGAGCUCCGUGACACCUCUGAAGAACCCAGCAGGUUGAAGUUCCCUUCUGACUUGGAGGAGCUGCGUGAAUUGGCUGAGCUCUUGCAGUUUUACAAAACAGAGCACACUGGAUACGUCCUACUUCUUUUCUGUAGUGCAUAUCUCUACAAGCAGUCAUUUGCCAUUCCUGGGUCAUCAUUCCUGAACAUUCUUGCAGGAGCUAUUUUUGGACCAUAUGAAGGACUGUUACUUGCCUGUGUGCUCACAACAGUGGGUUCCACCAUGUGCUUCCUCCUCUCCCAAGCCUUUGGAAAACAUUACAUUGUAAAUCUCUUCCCUGAAAAGGUCUCCAUGCUACAGAAAAAGGUAGAGGACAACCAAGACUGCUUGUUCUUCUUUCUGCUUUUCCUAAGAUUCUUCCCCAUGACUCCCAACUGGUUUCUGAAUAUGUCUGCCCCAAUAGUCAACAUCCCCAUCACCUCUUUCUUCUGCUCAGUUUUCAUUGGCCUCCUGCCAUACAACUUCAUCUGUGUCCAGACAGGCGUCAUGUUGUCCGAGGUGUCAUCGCUAGAUGACCUGUUCUCCUGGGAGCGACUCCUGCAGCUGCUGGCCAUCGCCUGCAUGGCUCUGCUGCCUGGCGCCAUCAUUCGCCACUUCAGCCAGAAGCAUCUGAAAUUGGAUGUCCGGUCUCAGAAUGGACUCAUCACAGAUAAGAAAGUCCAGUGAUUAUUUGUGGCCAUGAGUUUGGUCACUGUUCUUUUGAUGCCUUCUGCUUUGAAGAGAGAGAAUAGCCUUGAAGUGGCAGCUUUUCAGAAACACUGCAUUUUUGUGUGGAAGUGUUCACAAUUGUGGAGGGCUCUGCUCUUCCGGGGCCACGUGGAAAUGGACAGAAAUUGCUGCUUUGAGAAAAAUUGUUGCUGUCAUGUGGAUUUGAAGUUGAAUAUUUUGUGCAAAAAAAAAUUCUGGGGGUUUGUUUGCUACAACAAGCAGGCAAAGCAUACAUGGUAUUUUUAUAUGUAUAUAAUAUAUGUGUUAGGGAUGGGGAUUUUAGGUGAUUUUUGAAGUUGACUAUACAGUCGAUUAGACACGCCGCAGUGACGUCAUGAUGUCAUCAAUAAUAAAAUUUAAAAAAUCUCCAAAGGAAAAUUGGAAAACAUGUAUGAGAUGUUAUUUGUAUAAUGUGUGUGUUCCAUACACAAGUGUUUUUUUUUAUUUCACAUUGUCAUAUUUUUGACAUUGUGUGGGCUCUAGUGUCCUUUAUUGUUCAGCAGGUAGAUGAAAAAAUGGGUGAAGGAGACAUCGGGAUCAAACCUGGGCUAGUUAACUCCCUUCACCAGCAGUGGUGAAGCAGACACGGGGCUCGGGUGGAACUAGAAGUGCUGUGUGGUGUUUAUUGCUAAAGCUUGUAGCAAAAAACAUUCGCUAAACAGGUAGUUUCUCACAGCUAACUUUCUCUACUCCAACAUCCACUCCACUCUGACUCAGACCUGUCUGUGCAUCUUUCUCUCUUAUGAUUCAGAUUAAAUAGAUCUCUGACAAGCUCUGCACAAGUCUGCUAUUGAACCAUUAAUUUGAUUCAGAUGUGUUGCAGCAGGGAAACAUUGAAAGUCUGCAGAACCGUGGGCCUUGAAGACCAGAGUUUGGGGUCCCUGAUGUAAACAGCACCACAUCUGUUGGAUGACAUAAAUCUCAUCCAAACAAAAGCAAUCGUAUUUUAACAAAAAGCUGUCGACUUUGUGCACCGUUUUGACUAAUCGAUUACUUGUGCACAUCCCUAGUAUGAAUGUAAAGUAAUCAUGGAACGGAGGAUGGAUUUGAAGCAAAUCUUCCUCUUAAUGUUCAAGUUAAACAGUAAGAGCACUACUUCAGUGUAAACAGUGUUCAGAAGUGCCUGUCACGCAGUUUUAUUUUUAAAUUCUACCUCCAUGGAGUCAUUGAAACUUAAUGAUUAAUAUAAAUUCUGAAAUCCUAGCCUUAUUUGUAGAGAUUGAAUGGUUUUUGUUAUUGGAAUUUUGGUUAUUCUGCACCAAUCAGCCAAAGCAUUUGAACACAGAGUCCAUCAACAACCCACCUAAAGAUUGUUCAGUAGAGCACCCUGCCACACCUGAAGGAACAGCUUAAAGUGCACGGCAAAGAGCCCAAGCGUUUGACCCAAAACCCAUGCUGAAUGCAAAUGAGAACACUUCAGAUUGAUUGAGGCUCCCCUUCACAAUCCAAAGGACCCAGAUAAUGUGUUGUUAACAUCCUACACACAAGCCUGCACAGCAAGGUACAUAAGACACUCUUUACAGCGUUUGCACAGCGUGAUUUUGAAAUCAGAAUGGAGUCUCUGGAAAAUAAAGUGUGCUUUGUGAAGGAGCUAUUUAAUUAUUUGUCUGUUAAAUAUACAGGCAUGAUUGCCAUGUCAAGACAUUCUUUUGUCUGCUUAUUAAAAAUGUGCACUUAAUUCAGGUAGUGCAAAGCUUUAAACAACCAUGUCCAUGUAUCUUUUAGUCUUCUACUUCUGAAGUGUUUACAAUGUUUAAAGUGUUAUUUCACAACUUUUUCUUUUUUUGUCUGUAUUUUUAUCUUGUCUCUUUGUCUUUUUUCCCAGUGGACAUGUUAAUUAUUUUAAUUGUAAUGGAUAGUAAUUCACAUUUUUCCAUGCAUGAGAAUCUCAUACAGAGCUAUAAUUUAGAUCUAAAAACGUGUAUAAAAAAAAAACAGUCAUGCAACAGGAAUUCCAGCACACUCAUAGUACAGAGCAUCUUUAUUUAUCAGCAUUUAAACCUGAUUAGAAAUUUGAAAGCAAACACUGUAUUUGCACUGUGGUUUCCUCAGUUACUCCUGGCAGUGAGCUGUUUUAAUCUGUGAAACCAUCAGUUCCUUAUGUAUGACUGUGAUGCAACAUUUGUGGUAUGAGAGGUUGUUAAUGAUGCAGCACCUUUGUUUUUCUUUUUUAAGGUUUAAAAACUUUGGAAUAAUAAAACAGGAAACCUGCGAA